ACAGCAAUAGAGACAAACCGUGAGCCGUGGGGGGCUGGUGCAAUUUUGGUGCUUAGCAAUUAGCUGGUGCAAAACUGGAGAACGAUGCAGUUUUGCGUACCGUGAAUCUGAAGCGCCAGCCAAAAACCGUGUCGGCUCUCGUUCGGGUUGGCGUGUCCGACCGCUUUCACGCCCACAAAGACCGCAGCGAAACAAACAAGCAGCAGGAAGGGUGUGCGGAAGCAGCAGCAGCAGCAGCUGUCGUGGUGGUGAAAGGUGUGAAAGGUGUGUGGGGAUGGGGGAAAGUGCGUACGGCGGGUAAACAGACGAAACGUAAACAAAUCCGUCGCCGUCUCCGGUUCGUCUGCUCCGUUUUCGGCUGCUGCCUCCCGUCCGUCAAUCAACCCGCAGCUCUGCCAGCAAAAAACAAACCACAAAAGCAACAAAAAACAAUCAAAUUUGCAACACACUUCCAGUCCCAACCAGCACAAUCAAACUGAGGGAACCGAAGCGAUGGGUGUACGGGGCGGCAGGAUGAACCGGAACGGCUGUGGCUGUAGUUUCUUCCCUCCGAGAGACACACGGAGACAGUAAGAGCGACAGGGAGAGUGUGUCUGUGUGUGUGUUGGUGUGGGGGGGAGUUCGGAAGAGAGAAAAAGAGUGAAGCAGAAUGAGCUGCGAACGGGAGGGGGCUGGCGAUGAGCCGGAAGCGGCCUGUCCCCGGCCGACCGCCAACCCGCCCGGCAAGGAGCCCGAGCCGGAAGCGGACCCCGAAUCGGAACAGGACGGGCUGGCAAUCGGUGGGCAAUCGCACCAAUCCGACGGCGAAGACGAGGACGAUGAAGACGAGGAGGACGACGAAGAGGAUGAGGAGGAGGAGGAGGAGGAGCCGCCAGAGUUGCGCGUGGCCGUCCAGCAGGACUUUCCUCCGACGCCGUACGAAGAGUGUUUGGAUCUGAAGAUGUUCGAGCUGCGGACCGAGCCGGCGGGCGAAGCACAGGCGGCACAGGAACCGACCCCGGAACGCUCCGAAGAGGACGAAGAGGGAGAGGAGGAGGGCAGCGGUGAGGUGGAGGCAGAUUCGGUCGAUAAUUCCGCCGAAGAUAACCUCCAGCCCGAGACCGGUCCAGCAAUAGUGCCAUCCCCUUCCGCCACCUCCCUGUCGGCAUCCACUUCCGGUGUGCGGCGUAAAAGUGAGCCACCGGCGAACGGUGCCCCCGAACCGCCGGACGCAGCGCCCGACGAGGAGCCGACCCCGAACGGCACGAAAAAGAAGGUCCGGCCGAACCGGCUGUCCCCGGAGCGGGCCGGCUGCUCGCGCAAGAAGCAGUUCUGGAUCGAGGGCACGGCCGGGACGGGCGGCCACCGUCCACUCGAGCGUUCCUGGCCGCCGAAAGCGCACCGCCCGUCGCCCGGUCGGCCGUUCCCCGGUGCGACGACACCGGGCGAUGGGUUUUCCUUCGACAUUAUCGACAUGGACGAACAGCAGCAGCAGCAGCAGCAACACGAGGAGGUGGAGGGUGCGGUCGGUGGGCAGGAAAUGCCCGAUGCCGAGGGCAACCCGGUCGGGGGUCAGUCGACGCCACGCCGCCGGAAUCGGCGCCCGGACAGGAACGGGAACGAUGAGCCGGACACGGGCGAAGGUGCGCGAGCGACCGGUGCCGGCAAGCAGCCGCUCCGCAAGAUGGUGGGGCGCAGUGGGGCGGAAGAGCACGAGGUGGCCGGCGCCGUGCGGCCCCAUCGGCCGCUGGCCCGCACGCCCUCGAACGGGCGCGAACCGCGAUGCCGCGAGUACGGCCCGAUACGGCCACUGCCGGUCGACUACACGGCGGACGCAUCGGUACACACGGCGCGCAGUCCGGCCAGCGAACCGGGCACACCGGGGGACCGCUCGCCCGACCAGCCGCAGGGCAGGAGCGCGCCCCAGCCCCGCCAGCUGACGCGCGUCGGCGGUGGUCGGGCUGGUUCGGAGCUGGUUUGUCCACCGACGCCGACCCAUCACGCCCGCCGCAACCGGGCCGGGCCCGCUCCCUCGGCAGCACCGCCCGAGCACGGGUUCGGACCGCCGGAGCUGCGGCUCCACCGGCAGCAGACGGCGCCGGACCAGCCGCCGGAGGGUGGCUUUGGCGAGCAAGAGCCCCCGCCCGGCGAACCGGCAGAAGGUGCCACGGUACGGCACGUGCCGAGCAUGCGGCUGCCGUCCAUCCCGGAGCGCACGCGUGCCAUCCUGGCCGAGCCGGACGAGCCGCUACCGCCCGCCUGGGAGGCGCGCAUGGACAGCCACGGGCGCAUCUUCUACAUCGAUCACGCGACCCGCACCACCUCCUGGCAGCGGCCAGGCCCGCUCGGCACCUCGGCCGUGCUGCUGCCCGAUCCGCACCGGCAGCAGCUGGACCGCCGGUACGCCUCCAUCCGACGCACCAUCUACGAGCACAUGCGGCCCGAGAAUGGGACCGCCCCGUCUACCUCGUCCAGCGGGCCGGUGGCGACCCGCUCGCGCUCGAGCUCGACCGGCCGCAGCGCGGUCGCGCUGCCCUCCACCGCGGGCUCUUUCCAUCCGGCGCUGCUGAUGCUGUGCCGGUCCGACUUCUAUUCGAUGCUGCACACGAACGGCGACGCGAUCCAGCUGUACAACCGGAACGCGGCCCUCAAGCACAUGGUGUCGCGGGUGCGGCGCGACCCGGGCUGCUUCGGCCGGUACCAGCACAACCGCGACCUGGUCGCGCUAGUCAACUGCUUCGCCCAGCCCGCCCAGGAGCUGCCGAGCGGGUGGGAAACGAAGCUCGACCAGAGCGGGAAGCAGUUUUUCAUCGAUCACGUCAACCGGCGCACCUCGUUCAUCGAUCCGCGGCUGCCGACCGAGGGCCCGCGGGCACGCCACCAUCGGCCACCGGUCGGCCCGGCUGCCCUGCUGCUGCCGACGGCCGGCGGCCCCUUCCCCGACGAGCGACCGAUUCCACCGCCCCGCCCACCCGGCACGCUUUCCCGGCUGGCGCACGUCAGCUCGCCGGAAAUUCCCGUCGCUUACAACGAUAAGGUGGUGGCCUUUCUGCGCCAGCCGAACAUACUGGAGAUACUGCGUGAGCGGCACGGAGCGGCCGCCUGCUCCCGCAAUCUGCGCGAAAAGAUCAACGCCAUCCGGGUGGAAGGUACGACGGCGCUCGAUCGCUACAGCCACGACCUGGAGCUGACGAUCCUGCUCAGCCUGUUCGAGGACGAGGUGAUGACGUACGUGCCGCCCCGGGCACGCAGCCCCCCGGAGCCGGGCACCUCGGCAGGAUACGGACCGUGCGGUGGGCUCGUACCCGGCGGCGCGCUCAAGCCGGGCGGUCGGCACGUCCAGCGCGCCCCGAUGCGGCGCGACUUCGAGGCCAAGCUGCGCACCUUCUACCGGAAGCUCGAGUCCAAAGGCUACGGUCAGGGCCCGCACAAGCUCAGGCUGGAGGUGCGCCGGGCCCAUCUCGUGGAGGACGCGUUCGAGCGCAUCAUGGCGGCGAGCCGGCGCGAUCUGCAGCGCUGCCGGCUCAACAUCGUGUGGGACACGGAGGACGGGCUGGACUACGGUGGGCCGUCGCGCGAGUUCUUCUACCUGCUGUCCCGCCAGCUGUUCAGCCCGUACCGCAACAUGUUCGAGUACUCGGCGAACGACAUCUACACCGUGCAGAUCGCGCCGGAACGGCCGACCGAUCGGGACGACAUACUGGAAUGGUACCGCUUUGCCGGCCGCGUGCUCGGCCUGGCGCUCGUCCACCAGUACCUGCUCGAUGCGUUCUUCACGCGCCCGUUCUACAAGGCGCUGCUCCGGCUGCCGGUGUCCCUGUCCGAUCUCGAGUCGCUCGACAGCUCGUUCCACCAGUCGCUGCUGUGGAUACGGGACAACAACAUGGACAACUGUGGCGAGCUCGGGCUCAACUUUACCGUCACCGAGGAGCGCUCGGACGGCACGUCGAUCGACAUCGAGCUGAAGCCGAACGGGCGCAACAUCACCGUGUCGGAGCGGAACAAGCGGGACUAUCUCGACCGCAUCAUCAAGUGGCGGCUGGAGCGGGGCGUCCUGGAGCAGACCGAGUGGCUGGUGCGCGGCUUCAACGAGGUGGUCGACCACCGGCUGGUGGCGGUGUUUGACGCGAGCGAGCUCGAGCUCGUCAUUUCCGGCACGGUCGAGAUCGACGUGCACGACUGGCGGGCGAACACGGAGUACCGGGGCGGCUACCACGACACGCACCACGUCAUCAUGUGGUUCUGGGCGGUGAUCGAGCGGAUGAGCAACGAGCAGCGGCUCCGGCUGCUGCAGUUCGUCACCGGCACGUCCAGCAUCCCGCACGACGGCUUCGCGGGGCUACGCGGCUCGAACGGCCUGCGCCGGUUCUGCAUCGAGAAGUGGGGCAAGGCGAACGCGCUGCCCCGAUCGCACACGUGUUUCAAUCGGCUCGAUCUGCCGCCCUACCCGACGCCGGACGUGCUGUACGAGAAGCUGGUGCUGGCGGUCGAGGAAACGAACACGUUCGGCAUCGAGUAGGCGUACGGGUGUACGGAGGCGCACGGGCUGAGGAUUGCAUAUUUAUAGCUUAUUUAUUUUACCUUAGCGUCCCCAGAAAAGCGUUAACCCUUUUUUUUUGCGCACCCCGAGGCCGUUUGUUUCGAAGUUUGUUUUUCCGAGCGGUAGUUUUGUUGUUGUUUAUAGUCAUGACUUUUUUUUAAUAGCAAAGCUGUCCACUUACGGCACCACCGUGUCGGUAAAGUAGUAUUAAAACAGGGAAGCGUUUGAUUCCCGAACGCAAAUAGGGUUUUUUUUUGUACUUGCACUCGCAGUGGCACUCGCGUACCGUAAGUCAGCAUAUUCUUCGCAAAUGUGCCAUCGAUUUGCCGGCAGACACACCGGUCCUCCUGCCCGGCUGCACGGCUUGCAAUGCGUGCAAGGCGGUAAUCGAAACUGUACCAAGGAUGCGCAACUUGUGCAAGAGUCUUUGUUUUGCUGCUACACACACACACACA